CAUGUGAUUGAAAAAUCUUUCUCCGCUAUGUAUAUAAUAGAUAUUGUUUAUUAUACUUUUUUAUUGUACUGGUUGCUUGCUCAUCAUUUUGCGUACAGCACAAAUUUUCAAUGCAAAAUCAAAGCAACGUGUCUUUUCAUAUCCUCCAGUUCCAUGAACAAAGAAAUUUUAUCUGUCCAAGUUUCUGAAGUAAAAUUGAAUUAUUUUUGAUUUUUGCUAAAUAGGUUAAUUAGAAUAAGAAUUGAUGCAUAUUUGUCAUAAAACUUUCGAUCUGGCUUCGUCUUUUGGUCAAAUUUGCCAUGAAAGCUAUGCCAAUCAAGUUUGGGUCUUUGUCUUCUUGGUGGGUUCUCCAUUCAGAUUCGAGUACGAAGCUUAAUUUCAAAAGAUUAAUCGUAAUUUUAAGAUUCAUUAUUGACCAUUUACAGAUUAUACCAUUUAAGGGUGAAGAUUAUGAUGACCAAAUUAGAUUGUGAUUCUGACCUUGAUUUAGCCAUAAUUAUGAACUAUUUUAGUGAAAAGCGGGUCAUUCAAAAUUACUUCUUUAAUUUUAAGGUUUCUUGAGUUUAUACGCUUAGAGGGUUGCAUUUUGCAUUACCAUAGUUAGAGGGCAAAAUUUCUAUUUUACAUAUAUGUGAACCAGUUUAGAGUUCAAUUUCAAUCAUUUCGCUUACCAUUUUCUUUUCAACCCUAGAGCGAAUAAUUACACCAUGUAUGUGAAACAAUUUGAUUUAUCCCAUACAGAUUGGAGUUCAUGCAAGUCAAACUUGUCAUUUUAUCGAGGCGCGAGCUUUGCAUACUGUUGACCAAAAGUUCAGGCAAUACGUAUUUAUGGUUGUAAAUACAUGUACCAAAAUACCGUGCAAUUUUGCAAACCAAGCUAUUUGAUUUACCUUUGGGAAUUUUUAUUGAACUGAAACAUUAGAAUUUAAUAAUUUUGUUUUUUAGUUUUUUUAUAAUUUAAAUUUUAUAGAAUUUCGGUUUUUGCUUUUUAUAUUCGUAGAAUUUCAUUUUUUAAUUAUUGCUUGAAUUAUAAACCUUCAUUAUUGUUUGAAACUAAUUCAAAACUUAAAAAAAUUUGAGCCUUCGCUUGAUCGCAUAAUUUUAGUUGUAAUUAUGUCGGACAAAAUUGAAUCAUUUACCUGUGCAGACCAGUUUAAUCAAAUUGAUUCAAGUUCAUUACCAAUUAAAUAUGAAAUAAGUCCAGCGAAUGAUGAACCAAAUUGUGAACAAAAGAUAAAAGAACGUGACGAAAAAUGUCUCCAAAAAUCAAGGCGAAGUUUUUUACCUAUCGGGUGCGGACUUGCUUUUUACUUUUUACUUGGAGCCACCGAGAAAAUGCCUUCUUCUUAUUUUUCACCCGAGUCUAGAAAGAGGGGUUUAAGUACCUUCGAAAUUGGUCUGUCUCCAGCUGUGGAUCACGCGAUGAACUUCUUAUUUUCUUUUCUACUGAUGCUGGCAAUCAGAAAAAGGACUGAAAAAAUAUUUUGCGUACUUGGUAUGAUAAUAAUCAGUGUGUCAUACAUCGUUUCCUCUGGGCUGCAUUGGAUUCAAUCUAGAAAUGUGUUUCUCUACGUCUCGGUGUGUCUUCACACUUCUAUCGGAAUCGGCAAUGCCAUGAGUAUGGCCACCACAAUACCCAUUAUAACCAAAGUAUCGCUCAGACACGCAGGCACUAUCACGUCACUAGCCGAAGCCCUAAUCAAUCUCGGCUGGCUGAUCGGAUCCCCCCUCGGAAGUGUAAUUUACACUUUAUUCGGGAUGUACAUGCCCCCUCUUCUAGUCGGAUCUCUCUUGUUCGUCUGUGGAUUCUCAGCCGCGUUCCUCCUUCCAAGCUACAUACCAAUCAGAAAACUCGACGAAGAAUGUCGUAAUGAUUCAAAAGGAGCUCACGUUGUACAAAACGAGAAAAUUCUAGAACGUUUCAUGUCGCCAGAAUCAUUUAUGAACAAAUCGUACUCUUCGUUGCCAACUUUUGCCGAGCGUACUUCGGAUUUUAAAGGACUUGAAAGCGAAUCGAAACGAAGUCUUGAUGAAGACUCCAAAAAAGUAGAAGAGCGAAUGUUUAAUUUUGACUCUUUAGCCUAUGUUAAGUUUCUUUCGAAGCCAAAUCUUCUAAUUAUCAGCAUGUUGAGUAUUCUGGUUGCUGUUCAAAGUGCCUUUUUCGACAUUUGUCUUCCGCUUUACCUCAAAAGUGCGUUUGAGUUGGACGCAGUGCAAAUUGGUCUAGUGUUUUCAGCCUAUCUGUUCACGAACGUCGGCAUGAUUCCUGUUUACGGAAUUUCUGUUGACAAGGGCUACGCCAUGCACGUGACCUUCAUAACCUCAUUUGGGUUUGCCUUGAACCUUCUUGCCCUUUAUCUGCCCGUGAAAAUUCCCCAGCUGAACAAUAUUCUGUACAUCACUGCCUGCUUCACAGCUGUGGGCGUCUUUUCAGCCGGUGCUAUUGUAUCUUCUUACCUUCUAUUCGAGAAAAUAGCCCAAUAUAAUGGGUUCAAUAACCUGGACCAGACCAAAAUUCUUGUUGCAACUUGGGUAAACAAUUUGUUUGCUUUGGGUGCUCUGUUUGGAUCAACUGUAAUAUCUGGUCACAUUUUCGAAAACUACGGAUUCAACUUCAGCUGUCUUUUAAUAUCUGGCGCGAUGUUCGGUUUUCUGGCCGUUUCGGUUUAUUUGGCGCACAGAAUGAAAAUGCUGACAAAGUUGUUUUACGUUGAAGAGAAGCAGAAGAGAAUUGGGUCGAGGUGUAAAUUAGCCGACACUACAUAUCAACCGAUACAAGCUACAAUGCAUUACAACUAAGCAGAGAUUUACUAUACGCAGAUUUGUAAACCUAUCUAAGAAAAACUAAAGUAUACAUUUUGUAGAAGAGAAUUAUA